AUAUAAAUCACGUGAUCUGACGACGCAGCGGAUGCACAAGUCGGAAGUGUCGGAACGAGAGAAAACCGAGCGUUUGUAGCUUACACAAUUCGCGGAUCCCCGCCAAGGAAAACCGGCUGAAAUCGAGUGCGUUACUUUCGUUCUCGCGAAGACAAUCAAUAGGAUAUCACAAUAGUUCGAGGGCACAAACAAUCUCGCAUCACAUAGCCCGAAGGUGGGGCCGAAGGCGCCAAUACUCCAGCGAAGUUCUAACCAAAAAAAAGAAAAAGAAAUUGUCACCGCUGGCGCCAAGACGCGCUCGCCGCGGAGACACAGAAUUACAAAUACGACCCGAGGUUCGUUGCACUACUUCGAGACGCCGAGUGAAACCUAGAAACAGACCAGCUCGGGUCCUCGGCGCGAAGUAAGAAAAGGGUGUUUUUUUUUCUCUCCUCGCGAUUGAGGUUAGAACGCGCGACCGCCCAUGAGUGCGCGCUAGAUCGUUUCCCCGUUGUCGGUCAUCGGGACGGUAGACUGAUUAGCGAUGCACGAACGUGGCCCGAGGCGAGCCGACGUAUGGCGCGAUGGAGCAACAACGCGCGAGAGCGGCGGGCACGCCCGACGAUGAUGCGGCGAAUUUGCGGCGGCAUUAGAUCCAGCGGCGUGAAUCAUGCACGGGCGUGAAGAUGAGCGGGGCAAGACACAAAAUCUGCAUGGUCUCGGAUUUCUUCUAUCCGAACAUGGGCGGCGUCGAGGAGCACAUCUUCAACCUGUCGCAGUGCCUGCUGGAGCACGGGCACAAAGUGGUGAUCCUCACCCACUCCUACGGGGACAGGGUAGGGGUGAGAUACAUGACGAACGGCCUGAAGGUGUACUACAUCCCCGUCAAGGUCUUCUACAACCAGUGUGUUCUUCCAACGAUGGUGUGCUCUCUUCCGCUCAUUAGGUAUAUCUUCAUACGAGAGGACAUACAGAUCAUACACGGCCAUUCCGCAUUCUCCGCCCUAGCGCACGAGGGUAUGCUAAUCGGCAGACUAAUGGGACUGAAGACAGUUUUCACGGAUCACUCUCUAUUCGGCUUCGCGGACGCGUCCGCGAUCCUGACGAACAAGUUUCUCGAGAUAUCGCUGGUCGACUGCGACCACUGCAUAUGCGUGUCGCACACCGGCAAGGAAAACACAGUAUUACGAGCCAAAGUGCAGAAGGAGAAGGUGUCGGUUAUCCCGAACGCCGUCGACACCGCAUUAUUCACGCCUGACGUCAGUAAACGGAACAACGACUUCAUUACCAUAGUAAUAAUAUCGCGAUUGGUGUAUAGGAAGGGCGUUGACCUUCUAGCCCAUAUAAUACCCGAGAUCUGUUCGCGUUAUAAGAAUGUACAAUUCUUGAUCGGCGGGGACGGCCCGAAGAGGUGGCUCAUAGAGGAGGUGCGGGAGAGAAAUCUGUUGCAGCACAGAGUCACCUUGCUAGGCAGUCUGGAGCACUCUCAAGUCAGGCACGUUCUGAAUAAGGGCCACAUCUUCCUGAAUACAAGCCUGACGGAGGCUUACUGUAUGGCUAUUGUGGAGGCUGCUUCUUGCGGCUUGCAAGUAGUGUCUACGAAAGUCGGUGGUAUCCCGGAAGUUUUACCGCCGGAUCUGAUUUACCUCGUGGAACCCACUGUACCUGCAUUAAUCGAAGGGCUGGAGAUGGCUAUAGCGGACUACAAAAGAGGCAACGUCGAGUGCCCUUUCGAGACGCAUAGGAGAAUAGGCUUAUACUACAAUUGGUUUAACAUUACCAAACGUACUGAAAUAGUAUAUAAUUUGGUGAAACGUGAGGCGAAAAGAAAUCUAGGACAGCGAUUAGCUAGUCAGAUACAAAGCGGCGUACUGGCCUACUUGCUCGUCGUGUCGUUGUGCUAUAUAAUACUACAAGUUCUGGAAUUUUUCGUUCCAAGAAAGUAUAUCGACAUUGCGCGAGAUUACAGCGAUAUACAUGUUGUACCAUCCAACGGGAAAGGAAAAGAAGAUUAACCAUCGUCGCUUGGAAUGUAAACUUCUCAAUGUGUUCAAGUAUUUUAUUUUAUACUUUGGAAACAUUCCAGAGACUCGUUUUCUGCAACAAACAAAAAGCUUGUUAUACAGGUAAUUAUGACGUAAUUCCCGCGAGAAGAACAAUCGUUGCAUUUACUGAUAAAUUUUUAAAGAAAUAUAAUUGUAUACAUACAUGUAUAAUGUAUAUACGUAUAGAUGUUGUACAUAAGGAGAUAACAAUACGCAAAGUACAAAUGUCAUAAUACCUGUAUUCUACGUAUGUAGAAUUACAACUGAGAGAGGACUGUUUAUAACAAUUUUAUUUAUUAUGUCACCCCGCUUUUGCGCGCGUGAAUUUAUAAUAAUUGCAUUCGCUUUGAAAUAAACGGCUUGUGGCGUUUAACAUCCAAAUGCCGACUCGCCAGUUCCAACCAGUUGAAAUAGCGGAUUUAUGAAAGUAAUAUUAAUUUGUCCAUUAAAUGAUUUUUAUUAUGAUACAUGACAUCGUAUGAAUCAAUGCGUAACAUGUAUAACAAUUUGUAACGAUAUCCAACCGCAACGCCGCUCACCCCGCAUACAUUUAAUACAUAUGCUUAAGAAAGAUUUAUUGCAUUCAUUAGCAUUAUAAAAUAUCGUCGCGUGUGUUACGGAGUAUCGUUCGUGCUUACUUUUAAAAUCAAUCCGCACUAAUUUUUCAAGCAGUUAAUUGUAGCAAUAUGUGGAGUAGAAAGGUCAAUUCGUGUUCAUGUAAUCCCACCAUACGGCAUUGUUAUACAUCGAUAUCUUUCUUUUUGAGGGCUUUUCUUUUUUUUUGUAUACAAGAAUCAAUAAAAUGAGUAUUUGUGGUUCCAUCGUAAUGUAUCUUCACUCAGAAUUAUCCGUUAUCACCCGCAUACAGAGUACAAAGUACAGAGUAUAUCAACUUACAAAAGAAGUAUACAGGUUAGUUCUGCACUCUUUCUUUUAACGACAAACUUUGUAUCGUUGCAUACACACCUGUAUAUAUGUAUACUUGAUAUUAGAAGAUCUAAAUUUCGAAAACGCGAAUUUAUUUCUAAAACAAUAAGAGAGCCAAAUUGAAAAUAUAAUAAUAUUUAUUUCAUUACGUUGUACGUUAGAUACAAUAAUAGAAUAUUGAUACAAUAUCAAUUAUCUGUUUGUUUUUUAAUUAUUAUUAUAUUAUCAUAUCGCUUUAAACGAUUUGUUUAAUCAUCACUAUAUUACUCUGUACAUUAAUCUAUCUUUAUACAUAAAUCUUUUCAUAUAAGGGUCUAUGGUCUUCUCCUAUUUUCGGUUUUGUAUAAGAGAAGAUCAACGAACCUUAGUUAACAACCAUCAUAAUAUUACGAGUGGUCAGAUCUGUCACAACAUUCCACGCUUAUCCAACGUCGUAUCUGUAUCAACGCAUAUUAGUCCAAUUAUAGAAAAACAAAGCAAAUAUUCUUAAAAGUGCUAAAAAGUAGAUACGGGUUUUUUAACUACGACAUUUAUAGAGUUAUAAAAUAAAACUUUACAAAAAGAGAUACCAUUUCUCUCGGCGUAUAUUGCAUCAUUUAAAUCUCCUAUCAAGUUUUUCGUAUUUUCAAAAGUUUACUGUUACGAUCGACUACGGCGCACAGAAGUCUAUGCCGACGACAAUGAGAUCCACAUAUGCAGUAAUCAGUGCUAUCAGGAUUUUCAAGUAUGCUGAUAUCUCUCGUGUAUCUUGAGGAAUACGCAUUACGAAUAUUACCUUUAGUCGCUAUUGUUUCUACUGCGAAACUGAAAAUUUCUAAUAAAGAAUACUAUGCUGAUUUAAAA